AGUAGAUUUACAGAGACAAUUUAUUUGCUGUUUUUCCCCUAAUCGUGUUCAGCUGUUCUAGUCUGUUUGUGGUCAAAUGGGAUUUGGUGUGGGUCUCGAAAGUACUUCUCAUGUCAUGAGGGAUUAGAAAUACAGAGCACAUGAUGGUUAUAAAAUAUGUUGAUUUAGAUCAAGUGGAACAGCACAAGGUGUCAUAAGACUGAGAUGUAGGGACCGUGAAAAUGAGCACAAUCGAGAAAAAAAUGAAAGGGUUGAAAAAGAAAAUAGGGUUGGUUUAGUUGUGUGUGAGGAAGAAGGAGCCUGCACACACAACAUGGAGAUUGAGAUCAUAAAUGCAACCAUGCUGUAGACCAACUUGUCUGGUUGCUAAGACAAGGUUGCCUUAGGUCAUAAGAGUGAGCAUGUGUGCGAGAGAGAGAGAGAGAGAGAGAGAGAGAGAGAGUUUCAGGGUGUUCAGCUUCAACCCAAGCUUCAUGUGGAGCAACCCUUGGCCAAGCUUUGUUUAUUGAAAUACUCAAAUUUAUGAAAAUAUUUUUGACGCUAUUUAAAUGCAUGAUUUUCCCCGGGUGUCUUCCUCAGUGUUUAACGAUUUAUCUUUGUGUUGAUUUGUCAUCUAACAUGUCUCUCUGCAUCUCCUUUGCACAGGUGGUGAACGCUGGCACAAUGCACGGACCUCGGAGAAAGCUAAAGCUCAUUGUGAUGACUAUAAUGACCGCGUUCAUCUUCAUCAUAGUGGAAAUUUCGAGAAGCACCAACCAGCAUAAAAAUGAUCAGAAAGUUCGAAUCCCCACCAAACCGUUUUGGGCCAAACUGGCCCCCAACAACGCUUUCUGGAACCGGCAGCAGCAAAAACUGGACCAUUUGAACAAUCCGAUCCUGAAAGAUCCAAACGCCACACUCGGAGUUCUUCCGGAUUGGCUGAACGACACGGUCACUGAAGACCUCUGCAAGCCGGACCUCCAAGUCAUGACACAAGUGAAGAAUUUCAGCUUGCUCCCGGAUCGUUUUAAACACUUUUUGUUGUAUAUGCGGUGCAGGACGUAUCGCAUGGUUGUGGACCAGCCUCAACUUUGCAAAGAGGAGCCAUUUCUGCUUCUAGCCAUCAAAUCAUUGGCGUCACAUUUUGACCGACGCCAGGCGAUACGAGAGUCUUGGGGGCGAGGCGGUCGCUUGGCAAACAAGACCAUCCUGACUAUAUUUCUCCUCGGCAACACCACCGCGGAAGACCUUCCGGACUUAUCGCCAAUGUUAGCGUACGAGAGCUCCAUGUAUGGAGACAUCCUCCAGUGGGACUACAGGGACUCCUUUUUUAACUUGACCAUCAAAGAGGUCCUUUUCCUUGAGUGGUUCAGCACUCGCUGUCCGAAUGCGAGCUUCAUAUUCAAGGGUGACGACGAUGUCUUUGUCAACACUUUUCUUAUCCUAGACUUCAAGGGUCUGUCCCCUGCCAAGGCCCGUGACCUGUUUGUCGGGGAUGUAAUAACGAAUGCCGGACCUCACCGGGACAAGAAGGUUAAGUACUACAUCCCGGAGAGCAUUUACGUAGGGGGUUACCCACCAUACGCCGGUGGUGGUGGGUACCUUUACUCCGGAAAAGUGGCCCAGAGGCUUCACGGGAUCAUGAACAGGGUGCCGUUGUACCCCAUUGACGACGUCUACACGGGGAUGUGCCUUCGGAAGCUGGGACUCCCAGAGAAGCACAAGGGAUUCCGUACUUUCGGCAUCGAGGAGAAAUAUCGGAACAACCCGUGCGCCUAUAAAAGCCUGAUGCUGGUUCACCCAAGAAAUCCACAGGACAUGAUAAAAAUAUGGGCGUGGCUUAGCGAGCCCAGUUUAAAUUGUCAUUAAAUCUUCACAUGUGGCCUUUCAACAACUUCAACUAGUCUGUAUUUGGCAGCUAUGAUGAUUAUUGUUAUUAUUAUUAUUAUUAUUAUUGAUCAUGUGUGAGAGCCGAUCUAAGCCUGUUUAUGAUCAAAGCUGAUGGAGAACUUUUCAAUAGUGUUACAGGUUUUUACACACUGAUCCGUCACAGCGAUUUAUAUCCCGGUGGAGUUUAUGCUAAAGACCGUGAGAAUCGUGGGAAAGUUCAGCUGGGUUGAACUUUGGCACAGUAAACACCAUAAUCGAGCGUGUUUUGUUCUAUCUUCUGGCUGUGUGAUCUAGAACAGCAAGUGCUGCUUUUUUUCUUUUCUUGUUCUUGUUUUUUUUUUUUUUUGGUUCCUCCCAAAGCUUGAAUCAUGAAGGUAAAGCUAUAGGACCCGUGAUAAUCAGCACCACUUGAUUAAUAUAUUGUGAAACUGUUUGCUUAUCAUUGCGGUGGUGCUGAUUCUCACACUUUUUUUGUUUUGUUUGUUUGUUUCCAAGGUUCAUUGCGUGUCACUGAUGUUUGAUUUGUCCCCAAAUACUGUUUUUUGUUUAUAAAAAAAAAAAAAAAAAGCACAUGAAGAAGAAUGAAACGGGUUCGCUGCGUUUUCAGUCGGUGUGUAAGUAUUGUGGGUGAGGAAAGUGAUUUUUCUUGGUUAUGUCUAAUUACUGAUUUUAAAUGGAGCUAUUGUAUUUAUCACAGGUUAUUUAUUCGUUUGCACAGUUUUUUUUUUGUUUUUUUUUUUUAGGUUUUUGAAUGUAAUCGAUGCAACACAUUGUCUGUCUAGCCAAAGUGCAUCAUGCUGCAUCCACGUGAUUCCGUUCAGCUCUUCCAAUGGAAGCUGUGCGACACCAAAAAACACUCGUGCCUUUCAAUGAGAAACUAGCUUUCUUAUUUCAGUAUUUUCCCGAAUGGACCAGGAUAUGGAAUGAGAAAAGAUUGGGCAAUUCCAUUUGUUUAUUAUUUGCUCUAUGGGUUUGUUUAUCAGAGACCCAUGUGCUUAUCUUUAUUCCCGUCCCAUGACUCCAUAUCGGCCGCUCUCACUGUUCUGUAACCACCGGGGCAUGUCCAAGGUCUUAUCUAUUUUAGUUACACCUGCUGGCUAGGUGUUGCAAGCACACCCUGCUCACAUUUAUCUAAUUUUUUUUUUUUUUUUUUUUUUUUUUUUUUCCUCGAAUCAAGACACUGGAUUCCUCUUAUUCCGAAAUCUGAGUGCAGUGUUGAGUGGAUGCACUGUCUGACCGUGUUUUCCUCUGCUGAACCAAAAUAGAGCAUUGUACCUGCUUGCAGUUUCCUCUGAAGUAAUGUUUACACAUCAGGAUAGAGAUAUGAACGGUAAACGCCCAUAUUUAUAGAUGAGUUAGAUUGUACGGCUACCAGACUUUCCAGCUGGAGUUCUGGCUUUGGAAUCUUGCAGUUCGUGAAGCAGGACUGUGCGGAUUUGCCGUACCGAUCAAUUUGAACGAUCGUGACCUAUGGGUUUAUAUUUUUCAUAUCGCAUUAAAGUUCAGCAGUCACUUUUAUACCUGUUUCUGCCUGAAAUAUCUUUGGAAACUAUAAUAAAAAUAAUAACCCUGGAACUUCCUGACCAAAAGAUACAUUUAUUUGAUUAAAUGCGCGACAAAGUUUUAUUUGUGAUUUAUGUAUAAUUAGGAGAAAGUCCUGGAAGGCAACUCCAUAUUUGUUGUAACUGUAAAACGCAUCGAGAAGUCGUACGAGGCUGCAACGAAAAAACCAAACUCAUCAUCAUUUUAUAACGACGAGAAAGAAAGCCUUUUUUUUUACGCGGUUCUGCCUGUAUUUCUCCUACUGUUUUUCUUUAUCGCUGACUCUUUGUCUAUUUGUAACUUGACACGCACAUGCACAUUGUUUGUUUUUCUGUAUGAUUUAAAUAAAAGACAAUUGAAAUGUUUGUA